GGACCCGCACAGUACAGUAGUUGGAUUGCACCAAAGAGGGAGGGUUCAAGUUAAUUAGAGAAACCGGAGACGCAAAACGAAUUUAUUUCCGAGUUGCUGAAUUUACACCGCCCUUAAUGAUACAGCGGCAGAUACUUGGGCCUCCAGGCUGCUGUGUUAGCCCCACAUGUGAUUGCUACCUCCCCCCGGAAGGGCAUUUGGUCUCGACCAGCGUUUGGUGUUUACAGUCUGGGAACACUGGAACGUACCAAGUGGGGAGGGGAGACUCAUCUAAACGUCCCAUAAGUCUGGCGAUUUCCGCAUGUGCUUGUUACGCACACUCCCGUGAUGCUCUUCCGUAAAUGAGAUAAUUCAGGCCCCGCCUCCCUUUAGGCUUUGUAACCGAUCCGGCCCGAUUCCGUAUUCCGGUUCUGUCCCUCCCCCCCCGCCAGUGGUAUCUCCCAGCCCUUUCCCUUCCCGCCCCCAGGCCCCAAUCCCCAGUCUGUGAGGAGCCGGCGGGGAGCGCGGCUCGGAGCGUUGGGAUGAGGGAGCCGCCAUGGAGCGCAGCCCUGACAGGAAGCGGCGAUGCCCUGGGCCCCGGUACAGUCUGUUGGCCGAGAUCGGGCGCGGCACUUACGGGGUGGUGUACGAGGCCCUGGCCCUGAGGAGCGGGGCGCGGGUGGCGGUGAAACGCAUUCGCUGUGACGCCCCCGAGAAUGUGGAGCUCGCCCUGUCCGAGUUCUGGGCCCUCACCAGCCUCCGCCGCCGCCACCCCAACAUCGUGCGCUUCGAGGAGUGCGUCCUGCAGCGGAACGGCCUGGCCCAGAGAAUGUCGCACGGAAACAAACAGUCGCGCCUCUACCUGCGACUUGUAGAGACUUCUCUCAAGGGGGAGCGGAUCUUGGGGUACUCGGAAGAAGCCUGUUACUUAUGGUUUGUGAUGGAGUUCUGCGAGGGGGGGGACCUGAACCAGUACGUGCUGUCGCGGCGGCCCGACCCGGCCAUAAACAAGAGCUUCAUGCUGCAGCUGACCAGCGCCAUCGCCUUCCUGCACAAGAACCAAAUCGUGCACCGGGAUCUCAAGCCGGACAAUAUCCUUAUUACGGAGCGCUCGGGGGCCCCGGUGCUGAAAGUGGCCGACUUCGGCCUGAGUAAAGUGUGCGCCGGCCUGACCCCCCGCGGCGCUAAGGAGACCGCCGGCCUCGGCAGCAACGAGAACCGCACGGCCGUGAAUGUCAAUAAGUACUGGCUGUCGUCUGCCUGCGGCUCGGACUUCUACAUGGCCCCCGAGGUGUGGGAGGGCCACUACACGGCCAAGGCCGACAUCUUCGCCCUGGGCAUCAUCAUCUGGGCCAUGAUCGAGCGCAUCACCUUCGUGGACGCCGAGACCAAGCGCGAGCUCUUGGGCACCUACAUCCGGCAGGGCAGCGAGAUCGUGCCGGUGGGGGAGGCGCUGCUAGAGAACCCAAAGAUGGAACUGCACAUCCCACAGAAGCGUCGCACUUCCAUGUCUGAGGGCAUCCGACAGCUGCUCAAGGAUAUGCUGGCCGCCAACCCGCAGGACCGGCCCGACGCCUUCGAGCUGGAGACCCGAAUGGACCAAGUUACCUGCGCCGCCUGACGCUGUGGGCAGGUCUAACAUGAAUCCGGCAGUCUUACACUCCGCGUGUGGAUCCCACACUCUCUCGGAGGGACCCCUACGGGGCGGCAGUCUAAUAAACACUUGUAGCAUCCUGCAGUUGUGUGUGUACCCGGCGCUGUACCAACUGCCUGGAUGUGGGCAUCCAAUGCUGCCGUAUGGACUGUGGGCGUGGCUACAUCUCACUACAGGGGGGCGUGGCUCAGCCCAAUGCCGGGGGGCUGCCAGUUCUGCUGCUGUUUGUGUGUGGGGGGGUUUCCAGCUGAUUAUACAGGGCACAGUGAGCCUGUUGCUGCCAUGGGGAAGAGGUGGGUAUGUUGGCACUGCCAGCUGGGUGCCAUGUUACGUCUCAGGGAUCUGGCCCCUUCUGAUUGGCCCUCUGCUCCGGUCACACUACUACUACCCCCUGUGCCUCCUCACUCUGCACCUUGUUUCCUUCCUAUGCAUGAACAGAGACGGACCCCUUUGUACCCUCUGUAGCUACCAAAGUGCCUACUCCCAGCACCCCCCCCCCCCCCCGGCAUGAACGCUGCUUACCCACUCGUUGCACUCUCAGCCCUCACUCUUUAGUAAAUUGUGCCUUAUUUACCCUUUCACUUGCUCCGCCUUCUGAACUGUGGGCCCCUCCCAGCCUGGGGCAGCCCCCACUGGCACAGACUUGGCUCAUUUAUCCACACCGGCCCUAGCCCCACGGCAUUUCAGCCAAUUCCCCUCACUGAUUGGUUGCUUGGGGUUGCUGCCUGUGGCCAAUAUAAAUGAGCAAUAAGGGGGGGGGGGGUCACUAGUACAUUGUACAUCAGAUCUCCUCUUUUUUCUUUAGUAAGGUUAGAAACUGUGACCCCCCCCCCCCCCAUAUAACGCUUAUGCCAAUUUUCCCUUUAUCCCCCCCCCCCCGUCAUGCUCUCUAGCGCUGCCAGCUCCCCCCUCAUUUAUGCAAUGGGACUCUCCAAUGAGCAUCCUGCCUGCGUUAUUGCCCCAUGGUGCGCACACCCGCCUCACCCACUGCCCUGGUUCCCUUUGGCAGAAUUUGCGGGUUUCAUAUACAGGCAAAACUGGGGCACCCCGACUCUGUAAGGGAAGCAAGUGGUGUGUAGUGCCUGGGGGUGAGUUGCCCUAAUAUGGUGGGUAAGUGGGGGGUGAGUUGCAAUUAUAUUGUGGGUGAGGAGUGGUGUGAGUGAGAUGCCCUCAUUUUGUGG